AUGUCUCUGAGCAACGAUACUAGCACUAUUGUUCGUCACAAUGGCUUAUCACAAGAUGCUCAAGGUCGUUCGUAUGAAUUACUAUCACCAACACAAGUAUUGACUGGACCACAGCAAAACUUGGAGAACAAUAAGAAGCAACAAAAGAAGAAAAAAUGCCAUGGUAAUCGAAAACAACAGCAUCAACGACGAAGAUUACGUCGUCAACAAAUGAAACAAAAUAAUAAUCCUGCAAAUCAUAUACAACAAGAUAUCUUAAUUGUUAUAGAUGAUACUGAUGACAACCUGGAACAAGAUGGACAAGAACAACAGAUUCAAAAAGACACAAAAAACAGUCAACAUAGACUAGGAUUAGAAAAUAAACGUAAACGUCAAGAAGCAAAUAAAGAUGACAUACAUAUCAGUCAAUCGUUCAGUGAAUUAUCAAUAUCACAAAUCAAUCCUAAAAAGACUAAGUCGACGAUAGAAAAUCAACAGUCAGAUAAUGAAGUAUUAAAUUUAGUUAAUGGCGAUAUUAACGAUCAACAACAACAAGAAAACAACAAGCAAGAAGAUAAUAAUGAUUUAAUAUCAACCAAUUAUGUACAACGAUUUAAACCACGUUAUCUAAGAGUUUCUGAUAAAAUUUUAAAACAAAUGUUAUCGAAUGCAGUUGAAGAUGGUGAUAAAAUCAUUCAAUGUCUAAAUAGUAAUGAAAAACUUCAUUUGGUUCGUCAAAUGACGGAAGCAGCUAAUAACUUAUAUUAUAUCGAUUUUCAACGUCAA